AUGGAUUCCCAUACUCCACGCGAAACCGACCGGUUACUAGGAAACGAUGCCGAUUCUGAUACUCCACUCCAAAAAUAUCGUCGCCACAGACUUAUCAACCAUCUUACCUCAGACAUAAAUCCUAACCAUGGGGACCUUAUUCUUCUAUUUUGCUACGUGAUCACUGGGCUGCUCGAUAGCUCUGCUGUCUUUGUCUGGGGCUCUUUCGUGAGCAUGCAGACCGGCAACACUGUCUACCUCGGACUCGGUCUCAUGGGAGCCGAUGAGAGCACUCGCUGGCUCAGAGCAUUAACUUCAAUCGCCAGUUUUUGUGUGGGCUCAUUCUGCUUUGCCUCUUUUCACCGACGGUUCUCUCCUCGCAGGCGCUGGGUGCUCUGUCUUUCAUUUACCAUCCAGAUGCUCUGCGUAGCCACAGCUGCUACGAUUGUGACCACCCACCAAACUUCUAGGGACUCCCCUCUAACCUGGAAGGUUAUUGUUCCACUGAUGCUGGUGGCUUUUCAGAGUAGUGGUCAGGCAGUGACAAGUCGCGCCCUGCAGUUCAAUGGUCUCACUAGCGUGGUGUUGACAACAGAUCGGUUUCUUCGAACGUUAACGGUAAAGCUGUUAUGUGCAGUUUUCUCCUUUGGACUCCUUGGGAUGGCUCGAGGACUGGAUGAAGGCCUCAUAUCGACCACAGUGGCCCAACCGUCCUUUAUUCAUGAGUUCCACCUUGAGGAUGCCGACCUCAGCGCAUCGGAGAAAGCCAACCGGCUCUCCAAUAUAACCUCUAUGGUCCAUAUCGGAAGUAUCCCUGGAGCAGUAUUGGCUUUUAUUAUGUGCGAACACGUCGGGAUGCUCUGGACCAUGCGACAGCUGUGUAUUAUGUGGGCAGCUGGCGUAAUCAUUGUUAUUACAGCUGCGGGGAGUAUUGGUCAGGUCUAUGCUGGUCGCUUCAUCAUGGGGUUAGGGAUUGGACAAGCCGGGGUCGUCGUACCCAUCUAUCUCUCUGAGGUGGCUACCCCGUCGCUCCGAGGACUUAUGGUCUGCACAUUUGCUACGUCUGAGUACAUGGGGAUUAUGAUAGGGUAUUUUUCAAGCUGGGGAACGACCAUGCACAUCUCCAACAACAGCUCAAAGCAAUGGAUAAUCCCACAGUCUAUCCAGAUUUUAGUUUCUGGCAUGCUUCUGCUUUCGUCGUUCUUCUGUGAGGAGAGUCCCCGAUAUCUAUGUAAAGCCGGGCGCUUUGCCGACGGUACCCAGGCCCUAAGUCGGCUGUGGAAUAUACCAAUACACGACCCACGCAUUCAGCACGAAUUCGAAGGCAUUCUUAAUCAAAUGGGAGACACACCAGUAGGGACGAGCAUCCAGCGCUUGGGCAGGGCUCUAAAGCAACUUAUCACAGACAAAUCCAAUCUAUCAAGAUUGGCAUUUUUGGCGAUCACUCAGGUCCUGAGCCAGUGGUCUGGUGCCACUUCCGUUACCACCUAUGCCCCGAAGCUCUUCUCACUUCUCGGGGAGACGGGCCAGUCCCAGAAGCUCCUGUGCACCGCCAUUUUAGGUGCCGUCAAAUUUGUUGCGUCGCUUAUAUGCACAGUGUUUCUGAUUGACUAUACCGGACGAAAACGCCCUCUGAUUACAGGAAUUAUCAUUCAAUUCAUAGCUAUGUUCUACAUUGCCAUCUAUCUAACCGUCGCAUUGCCAUCCACCCACCCCAUUAGUUCAAAUUCAGAGCACAAUGCAGCCAUCGUUGCCAUCGUCUGUCUCUAUCUCACGGGUGUGGGCUGGGCCCUGGGGUGGAACUCGAUUCAGUACCUUAUAAACGCGGAGAUUCUCCCACUAUCUGUGAGAACAGUAGGGUCCAGUGCACUCAUGUGCUUCCAUUUUGCCAAUCGAUAUGGUCUGUCUAAGGCAGUUCCGUCCAUGUUGCUCGACCAUGCACUACAGCCUGAGGGGACAUUCUGGCUCUUUGCUGCGGUUACAAUAUUGGGCUUAGUAUGGGUUUAUUUUCGACUCCCAGAGACCGCUAGGCGGAAUCUUGAGGAGGCGAACAUACUGAUCUCAUGA